AUGACGAACGACGCCAACUUCCUCGCUGACGAGUUCGACGUCGGUGUUUCGUUCAAGCCCGCGCUCGUGGACACGCAGCACUCGAUGCUACACAUCCGCGCGCCGUCGUCGUCGUCGUACAGAGUCGGCGGCGGCGAAGAGCCAACGCACGGCUUGGAAGUCGCCGUGGACGUGACCUGGCACAGCGGACGACGCUCGACGAGGACGACGCGAGCCCUCGAGACGCGUCUGAAGGAGUGGAGGGACGUGUACGCGCACUGGGCCGAGGGCGAGCUGUUCACCUCGGAGGCGUCGGACGCGAUCGCGUCGUCCGCCGCCGCGGAGGCGUCGAGCGAGAUGCGCAAGCUCGGCACCGCGGAGCUCCUCACGGAGCCGCUCGCGUACGCGCUCGACACGGAGACCGCGUUUCCCGCGAUCGUGGGUCCGGACGGCGAGCGGAGGGGCACGCUGGAGGUGAGCGCGGUGCCGUGCGCGCGCGACGGCGAGCCGUUGGGCGAAGACGCCGCCGUGGACGACCCGAACAAGCUCCUCUCCAAGCCGCUCUAUUUCCUCGUCCGCGUCAAGGCCGCGACCGGGUUGCCGCGAACUGCCGCGGGGUGGAGCGACGACGCGCCGCGCGCCGCCGCGGACGGCGCGCGGCCGUCGACGGGGAGCGUCACGGCGACGAUGAAGGUGCGGUACCACGCGGAGCUCGGCGCGGGGUGGGGGACGGUGCACGCGACGCCGCCGGCGCCGGUCGUCGCGACGCACGAGUCCAAGGGCAGCGCGCGGUUCCGCGGGUUCAAAUCCGCGAUAGGGCUGGGCGGCGGCGGCGGCGGCGGGGGCGUCGGCGGCGCGAGCAGCGCGCUGCGGUACGAGCGCACGCACUCGUGUCCGAACGUGACGCCGGCGGUUUUAGAGUCGCUGCGAAAAGGGAAGAUCACCUUCGACGUGUACAUCCAGCACGACGGCGGCGCGUCGAUGGGGAUCGGCGAGAUGUCGAGACCCGGCAGCGCGGUGGACACGGGCCGGGAACGACGCGCGGCGAGAGAGGCGCCGCCGCCGAGCCUCGUGGACGAAGGCAGCGUCCCGGGGUUGGAGCUGUUGCUUUCGAAUUUGAAGGCGACGCCGACGAGCGGCGAGGGGACGCGGACGAUCGAUCGCAUCGACGAGGUCGCCGCGGAGCUCGAGCGCGAGAUCGAGGAGGAUCAGAAACGGACGUUCCGAUCGUGGUCGAUGGCGAGGAAGAAGCCGACGAUCCUGGACGACGACGACGACGACGAGGAGGACGACGAGGAGGAGGAGGAAAAGAGAGCGUCGGACGCCGGCGGGGAGAUCCGGAGCGCGGCGCAGAGCGACGCGAGCAGCGCGAGCUCGUACGAGACGGACAGCCAGCAGGGAGCGCGCGAUCGAUCCGACGACGACGACGACUACACGGACGCGAGCGAUUCGGAUUCGUCGUACGCGGAAGACGAGGAGGACGACGAUGGCGACGGCGGCGGCGGCGGCGGCGGCGGCGGCGACGCGACCAAACGAGCGAAGGGCACUCCCGGAGCGUUACACGGCGGCAAGGUCACCCCAGCGGGAACGCCGGCCGACGCGCGCGCGUACCGCGACGUGAACGCCGCCGACGUGAACGGCGGCGUCGUCAAGCUCUUCGACGACGGCGCCGCGGUGGCCGACGACGCGUCCGGGUUCGCGUCGGCGAUGACGUCCCCGGUCCCCGCCGGCGCGGCCGCGGGCGCGUCGCGGUCCGCCCCGGCGUCGCCGUCGCUCUUCUCGUCGCCGAUGCACAAGGGGAAGGUUGCCGCGAUCGGGAGCCCGGGGUCGGGGUCGGUGACGCUGACCGCGGCGAACCCGCUGUACGACGCCGCCGGGGAGAAGCCGUCGCGGCAGCCGCGGUCGUCGCUCGCGCCGAAGCCUCGCGACGCGGACGGCGGACUUCCGAAAGUGGUGAGCGACGCGGGGGGAGGGUGA